AUGGGGCACGUAUAUAUACCAAAUCUUGGGCGUAUUUACCCCCCCCUCCUCCACACGAGACGACACCCUAAACAAAACGUGAAAUCUAGUCCUUCCUUACUUAGCUUCUUUCCCUUCAAUUUACCUUUCCCGACCUCUAGAGAAAAUGAAAAAAACGACAGAGCGAGUCACUCCUACCACUAGAGCCAUGCCCUAAUACUGUAGUAUGCUGUCGCGGUCCCGACAGGUCUUUUUGCUCCUCCCCCUAGGUUUCCAAAUCGAUUCCUCUCCGGGGGUGGAGAACUGGAGCCUCGAGGAAGGAUGAGUGCAUAAGAAGCAUAAAGUGCCCUCUGGCGGGGCGAGCUUUUCAUGCGAGGUUAUGCGUUGGCUCCUUCCCCACCCUCAUCCUCCCUCUCGGGCAUAUCAUAAACCAAAGGAAGGAUGCGGUGGCAAGCCUGGACUUCAUACAAUGGCAUCAUAUGAUAUUGGAAAUCUCAGGUAUUGCGGUGGCGAGCACCGGGUUAUGUAUAGUACCUACAGGCUGUAACGGUGAAUAUCGAACGUGAUAUCAUAUAUAU